GAGCCGCGCCGCCGCCCAUGUCAUUCCACUUCAAGUGACUUCAUGUGAUGUCAGCUGAAUGUAAAAGACAGUGAUCUCACGCGGAGGGGAAGAUGUUUGCCAUCAAAAUGUGACAGAGGAGACACGCUGCAUGGCUCGGAACGCAUCUCCUUGGCGGUGGGGGAAAGAGACUUAGAGGAGAGAGGCUGCGCCCUGGCCCAGUCCCGCACGGCAAAGCUCGGCUCGGCGCGCCAUGGCCAGUUCGGCUUCCCUGGAGACCAUGGUGCCCCCGGCCUGCCCGCGCGCUGGAGCGUCGCCGGCCACUUCCAAGACGUUGGCCUUCUCCAUCGAGCGCAUCAUGGCCAAGACGUCGGAGCCCCGUGCGCCCUUUGAGCCCCGGCCGGGGACGCUGGAGGCAGACGGCGGCCAGGGCAAGAAAUUGCUCAACCUUUGCUCGCCGCUGCCCUGUAUGAUCCCCCUCCAGCCCCUAGGCUACGAGGUGCCGUCCAAGACGCUGCUCAGUUACUCCGAGCUCUGGAAAAGCAGCCUCCGGGCGGGCGGCGGUGGAGGAGGAGGAGGAGGAGGAGGAGGAGGCGGCGGCGGCGGCGGCGGGGGGGCCCCGGUGUGCGGCGCCAGCGGCUUGUGCAAAACCAACUGUGGCGUGUGCUGCAAGGCCGAUCUGGGCCUGGCGCCGUCUGCUCUGCCGGCGGGCAGGGUCAUCAAGCCGCAGGUCAUCAACCAGGCGGUGGGGCUGCCGGCCAGCGGCUCGCUCUACUAUUUCAACUACCUGGACUCUGCCGCGUACCCGCCGUCUGAGCUCCUCGGAGGCCACCUCUUCCCGUCCGGCCUCCUCAACGCACAGGCCCCCGCCGCCCUGGCCGCGCAUCCCAAACUCUUUUUGCUGGAGAACGCCAAGUUGGCCGGCCUGGCCGCGGACAAGUUCCCCCAUCCGGCCCCCUAUGCCCAUAAGGAGCGCUUGCCCGCGCCGCUGGAGCAAGUGCUGAAGGAGAACUCGGCCCUGACCGCCGAACGCGGCGGCGUCAAGGGCCACGGCAAGCUGCCCGGGGGCUCUGCGGACGGCAAGCCCAAAAACUUCACCUGCGAGGUGUGCGGCAAGGUGUUUAAUGCUCACUAUAACCUCACCCGCCACAUGCCGGUCCACACCGGAGCCAGACCGUUCGUGUGCAAAGUCUGUGGCAAAGGCUUCCGCCAGGCCAGCACGCUCUGCAGACACAAAAUUAUCCACACCCAGGAAAAGCCGCAUAAAUGCAACCAGUGCGGCAAAGCCUUCAACCGCAGUUCCACGCUCAACACGCACAUCCGCAUCCACGCGGGCUACAAGCCCUUCGUCUGCGAGUUUUGCGGCAAAGGCUUUCACCAAAAAGGGAACUACAAGAAUCACAAGCUGACCCACAGCGGCGAGAAGCAGUACAAAUGCACCAUCUGCAACAAGGCCUUCCACCAGGUCUACAACCUGACCUUCCACAUGCACACCCACAACGACAAGAAGCCUUUCACGUGCGCCACUUGCGGCAAAGGGUUUUGCAGAAACUUUGACUUAAAGAAACACGUGCGCAAACUCCACGAUAGCGUGGGGCCUGCCGCCCCCUCCACAAAGGACCUGACUCGGACAGUGCAGAGCUGAGAGCUACUGCCUCGCCCUCCCUUCCGGCCCCAUCCAGCCCCCAAACAGAUCACACGUAUAAACUUAUUUCUAAAAUUAAAAGAAAAUAAAAACUAUAGCAGAGAGGCUAAAAUCUAUUUAUCGAAACCAGCAUAUUUUUUGGAAAGCUAAACGUUUCCUCGAUGACUGGCAGCAAACGCGUGGCUCCCACCUUUGUGUAUUCGGGAAACUUAUUUAAACCCAGUGCGCUGAAACGUAUUUCCCUCCAGGCCUCCGCUUCUCCUCCGGCCGUGGGUUUUCACCCCAGCCUGUCACGUGAACGCCCCGGAAGAGCGCGGCGCCCCCAGCCAUCUUUAUACAGCCAUGUAAAUCCUCCUGUACAAGCGAAC